AUGGCUGACCAAGUCCCAAGCAAUUUGUCGGCAAUUAUCCAGCCAUGGACAAUCGUCAAAAACCAUGAACAUAACGAACCCAACCUCACUGCUCCCGCCUGGGUUAACUCGCCCGACAUUCGAGGUACCUUUGAUAUCCUUCAGAGCUGCAUCUUGACGCUCGUUGCGUGUAUUUAUACAGCUUUACAUCUUGACGUUCCUAUCAAGACGGCAUGGCACGAAGUGUUUCUCUACAAGCUCAAGUGGACUGCAAUCACCCUUUUUGCACCAGAAAUUUCUCUUUAUAUGGCAGCAGACCAAUUGCAGCAGGCUUGGAGUCUCAAGGCCAAACUUCUUGCUCUACAGACGAGAUCUCCUUCUGACAAAGACCAUAUCGUCAUCGAUAUGUCUUAUACCUUUUUCAUCGUCAUGGGUGGUGUUAGAGUGAAUAUCGACGAUCUUUUAUCCUUUCCUGACCUCCAUGACAAGGCUUUUCGACACUUCAACCCUGCGAACCGUCCAUAUUCCGUGCGACUGAGUCCUCUGACAGUAAUAUGGCUGGCAGAGAGAGGACACUGGAUACCAAUUUCGAAGAAGAAGAUCGAUGAUAAGAGUAAAGCCGACUAUUUUCAGAAAUUACUCGUCAUGACACAAGUCCUAUGGAUGAUCAUGCAAUGCAUCAUGCGAAAGAUACACCACUUGCCCCUCAGUUUAUUGGAGGUACACACCAUGGUUCAUGUUGUGUGUGCUGUAUUUCUCUACAUGUGCUGGUUUAGAAAACCUCUCGAUGUUCAACAGCCAGAGAUUAUCAGACCGGAGGCUUUCAAGGGAGAGAUAGCCCUCUUGAUACAGCGCCAAUAUUAUCCUAACAUGUCGACCAGAUUAGCAUUGUUUCCUCCUCAGCAAGAUUCUGAUCGACUACCGCCACCUAGAAGAGGUGGCUUGAUACAGCCUGGUUGGGUCAUACCAAAAUCUUCGAGAUCUAGCUACAACCAAGAAAUCGAAGAGCUUCAACCACUUCAGGGUACAUCUACAUCUUCACAGGCAUGGAGUGACUUGACUCAGGUGAAAGAUUCAGCAGCGGCUGUUACUCACGAGGAGCGAAGCAAUAUAUGGACCAAUUCACGGCCAGGGCCUUGGGUUAAGCCAGAGCCAGGUUUGGAGAUGUGGCCAGGGGACAUUCUCCCCUCCGGUCUCUUAUACCACUCUGAAUUCACAACCCUACCCCUAAUAUUGACAAAGGAGUUCCUCUGUCGCUGGGAUGCCAUACUUUCAACUUUUCCGUUCCACGAUCGUAACUCACUGGCCACAACAGCCAAGUUCAUCAAAGUAAACGAAACGACGUGGCAGUUCGAACUGGUAGACCCAAAGUACGACUCGGGCCCUCAAAAUGGCCAAGAUCUUUUUCUUGCCCGAUUACCGGAAUUCGAACCGGUCCUAGAAUGUGCGUAUAGAACUAUGCCGUUCGGCGAAGGGAAGAGAAAUCUGGACAUCAACUUCAGUUUCUUCACAGAAAACGAGAACGUCUUCGGUCUUUCUGGCUUCUUUAAAGAAUUCCCCUGGUUGGCUGGCCUCUUCUUGGUCCUGUCAGGUAUCUACGGUGGCGUCCAUCUUUCCGCCUGGAAUUGGGAGUUCCCAAGCGAGCUGGAGAGGUUGAUAUGGAUCCCCAAGCUUUAG